UUUGGCAAAAUGUAAACAGGCACCACUAGACCCAUUCGCUAGCUAGCAAGGUUAGCUAUCAUGUCAAAGUAGCAGUUGCUGAUCACAUGUCAGUUGUGCAUAUUGGUAGUUGGUCUGGUACAUCAUAGACUUAACCAUGAAUAUUUGACAAGCCACACAAGCAAACAUAAGGACAAGAUGGACAUGGAAAGUCAAUUGUCGCCAGCUGUUCAGCCCUUUGUACCGAAAACCCAGAGGGCCUUCGAACCCCAUCAGCCUGGAACACCUUCGUCAAACCCCCUGAACAAACAAAACCCCUAUAAAUCAGAGCAAAGUUCAAGAAGAAGCGUGUCAGGUGCUUCAUCCAGGCAGAGGCCGUCUACCACGGAGGGAUUACGGGGUGACGCAGAGAACAAGCAUGACCAUGGCAACAGCCGUCGUUCCAGAGGGACCACGGAACCCAACGCACUCAGAGAAAGAUCCUUAUGUGAUCAGCAGAUGAAGGACAAAAACACUAACAGGAGAUCGUUGGAGACUCAGAGAAAAGGUUUUGGAGGGACUAGAUCUGCCCCGAUAUCAGCCGAGAGAUUGAAAACAGCACAACCCGACAAAGUCACCUUCCAGGUGAAAAUGGCAGAUUUCCCUGAGUUGGGAAUUGUGGCACCUGGAAGUCCGACACUUCCCUCCAAGGAGAAACCCGGAGGCUGGAGGUCUGUCCCGCCAUCCACCAUGCCCCAACCUCAGUCACCAGCACCUAUUGCAAAGGCGGCAUUAAGAAAAGGGCAAAGACCCGACUCCAAUCGGGAGGUCGCCUUCUCUGAAACUGGACCCGCUUCGUCAACCGUAGCACCAGGUCGUCUGUCUGAGGCCAGGUCCCAGAUCAGUAGCUCUGCUCCAUCAGUGACCUCCUGGGCGAACAUCGCCUCUCAGCCUCCAAAGAAACUGGUCCUGAAGGAGAGGACCAGUACCAGCACUACCUCCCAGACGGAGGAAACGCCUGUACAACAGGAAGAGGAAGCGUCUGAGAAGAAGAAGAAGAGGAAGAAGAAAAAGAAGUCUAAGGCAGCAGGGGAACAGGAAGUGGAGGAAUCUGAGGAUGUGUUGGUUCAUCAGGAGCCACCCAAGUUGGAGGAUGAAGAGGAGUUUCCAGAUCUGUCUUUUGCGUUUGCCAGCACCCCUAAAGUACAGAGCUCUACUGUCAUGGCAAAAACAAACAACGAGGAAAUUCAGAAGGAACGGACUGGUCUUCAACCAAGUGAUCAAAACAAAGACAAAGCCAGUGCAGGAAAACCUCUCCCGUCAGAGAGUAAAAAGGGACAGACUGGAGGGAAGAAGAGCAAGGUCCCUGUUCAGCUCGACAUCGGAAACAUGCUGGCGGUCCUGGAGAAGAAACAGCAAACCAAUAAAUCCAUGCAGGACGCCAAGCCAGUCAUCCUCUCAGUUGGUGGAGCCCUACCUGUUGGCCACAAGAACCCACCUGUCCAAAAGAAACUUCCAUGGCAGCAGGACAAGGUGGCCCACAAUCCUCUCGACUCCACCAGUCCACUGAUUAAGAAGGGCAAGCAGAGGGAAGUCCCCAAAGCCAAGAAGCCCACGCCCCUGAAAAAGAUUAUUCUGAAAGAAAGGGAGGAGAGGAAGCAGAACCGCCUGCUGGAGGAGAGAGGGUUGGUGCCCUCUAGUGAGUCCACACCCGUCAUUGCUACAGAGGAGCCUUGUGAAACAGCAGACACGGCUCAGGAGCAGCUGGAGGACUCUGCAGACGACACGAGCAGUCCCCCGGGCCUCGCGGAGGACGAGGAGGAGGACGAGGUGACCAAAGAGGCCGAGGAGGAGAUGGAGGAAACAUCUGAAAAGAAAGAGGCGGAAUCGGACGAUCAGACCACUCCGACGCUGUCCUGCCCUCCCCGUCGGCCAAAAAUCCACAGCCGGAAAUUUCGAGAUUACUGCAGCCAGGUGCUGAGUAAAGAUGUGGACGAGUGUGUGACAAACCUGCUGAAGGAGCUGGUUCGCUUCCAGGACCGCCUGUACCAGAAGGACCCCAUGAAGGCGCGGAUGAAGAGGCGUCUGGUCAUGGGCCUGAGAGAGGUCCUCAAGCACCUCAAACUCAGAAAGAUCAAAUGUGUUAUCAUCUCCCCUAACUGUGAACGCAGUCAGUAUAAAGGUGGUCUGGAUGAGGCUCUGCACAACAUCAUCGACACGUGUCGAGAGCAGGCUGUUCCCUUCGUCUUUGCCCUCUCCAGGAAGGCUCUGGGCAGAUGCGUUAACAAGGCCGUGCCUGUCAGUCUGGUGGGCGUCUUUAAUUACGACGGGGCACAGGAUCAUUAUCACAAGAUGAUCGAGCUGUCGUCUGAGGCGAGGAGGGCCUACGAGGUGAUGAUUGAGAACCUGGAGAUGACCUCCCAGGCAGAGCAGGAAGAUUUGGAGGCCCAUCCCAAUACAGAGCCCCAGCCCCCUCCCUGCUCUGAGGAAGUUGAGGAACCCGAAUACAUCAAAUUGUGGAAGAAAAUGCUGAAGAAUGAAUGCAACCACAAGCUCUUGAACUUUGAGGAGAAAUACAAGUCUUCCUCCGCAGCCAGUGACUCUAAAGCACAGAUGACGGAAGAGGAGGCAAGCUGACAACAAAGGUGUACCAGGCUAUACCAGCGCUAACAUUGAGCCAUGAAGGAAACACUUGACUUAAUAGGAUUGUGUGAUUAGAAACAGCUUAUGGAUACCAGAGGUCUUAGACCCUUGUCCAUGGACCAAAAGAAUCACACCGAGACCACUCAACAGGAAUUUAUUAGACUGUUUAAUAAUAAUAAAAAAUACUUUGUGACUAUCCUGGGAAGAUUUAGAGGUGAUAUACCGAAUGUGCCUGGAAUGAAUAACAAUCAUUGACAAGUAUAAUUAAUGUAAGGAAGACAAUGUGGCCUUAUUGUUGCUUUCUAAGAUUGUUGUUGAGGCUUACACUUUUGGACAACAUUGCAAUAGCACUAAAACAUUUGUCUUUUCUGCCAGUGUUC